AUGGCAGACAUUGCGGCUAGGCAACAGCAGCAGCCGGGCGCCGGCGGCCAUGGCCAACCUCUGCCUGCGCAGCUCGCCUUCGGGAGACCCGCAAAUGACGCAGACGACAGCGGCACGGAUACAGAUGAUGAGGGCCGUCUCAUCCAGCAGGCCGCAGCCACAGCCAAAAUCCGCGGGUCUGAGCCACCCAGCAGCGAGAUCCCGGCCCCAAAGCCAUUCCGCGCCGGCACAACUGCGGCGGCGGCCACAGGCGCUGCCGCCACAGCUGCCCCACCAAAGCCCAUAGCUCCCCCCGCUCGCCCCGCGCAGCCGCAGCCGCAGCCCGCACCUCGCCCCCCGGCUGCCGCGACCGUCAAGGGCAAGGCCGCCCCCAAGCGACCAGCCGGGGCCAUCACGUUGCGCACGCUGCUGGAUGCCGGCUUCCUGGUUCCCGGCAGCAAGGUCCUGUACGUGGAGUACAAGGGCCUUAUCACCUGGGCCGACCUCACCGAGGAAGCCACCAUCCUGUGCGAAGGCCAGGCGUUCGAGUCCCCCUCCGCCUUCUCCAUCUGGGUGAAGCGGAAGCUCAACCCGGAGCGAAAGGCGGAUGACGGCUGGAAGGCGGUCAAGUACGCGGGGAAGCUCCUGGAGCACUUCAAGGAGCAGUACCUGCGCCAGCAGCUGGCGGCCUCCGGGCUGGGGGCCCUCAGUGGGGGCGGCGGAGGCGGCACUCGCGGGGCCACCCCCACGGGCUCCUUUGGAGGGGUGGGGGUGGGCGGAGGGGGGGGUCCGUCACCCCACUCCAGCAGCUACCCGUCGCCACUGAGGCAGGCGGCAGGGCUGGGGCUGGGGGUGGCGGGGGCUGAGGCCAAUGGGGCCGCUGAUGAAGAUGGUCCCCCCAGCAAGCGGCAGCGCACCGAGGAGGGCCCGGAGGUGGAGGCGGGAUCCAGCGGGGGCGGGGGGGUUGGGGGGGUUCGGGCGGCAACAGGUCUCAAGAUAAAGCUCAAGCUCAAGCCCGCCGCCCCCGCCCCCGGCCCCGCCCCCGCCCCCCGGUCUGCGGGACCACUGCUGCCCCUGCCCGGGCCCGCCGUGUCCGAGGUGGCGUGUGGGAACUACCUGGGAGCUGAGCCCGGCAGCGGGGCGGUGGGGGCGCAGCCCUUCAGACUGAGGGUGUCGGACAUGGUUGUCAUCGUGAUGGACUUCCACGCGCACUGCUCCUCCACGGAGGUGGGCGGACUGCUGGCGGGGGUCUACGACCCAGCCAGCCGCACCCUCACAGUCACACGGGCAUUUCCGGCGGCGGGGAUCGCGAGCGCCAACGGGUCAGGGCGUCCGGCGGUGGCGGUGGAGUUCGAUGCCACGGACAUGGCCCGGGUGCGGGAGGUGAUUCGCAACUGGGGUCUGCAGUGUGUGGGCUCCUACCGCUCCCACCCCGCCUACCCCGCCGCGCCCAACACCCUGGAUGUGCUGCACGCGGCCAAACUGCAGCAGGAGCAGGAGGGCGCGGCGGCGGGCAGGUCACCGGCCCCAGCGGGAGGAGAGGGGGGCCAGCAGCCGCAGCCCAGUGUUUGUGCCAUUGUGGCGCCCUACGACCCCCUGUUAUGUGGCCCUUCCAGUGCAAUCACGUGGUUUCAUUUGCAGUACGACACGUCGCGCCCGGCGCUGCCUGCCGUCACGUCGUCCUCGUCGUCUCCCCCUCCCCCUCCCACCACCAUCCCCGCACUGCCUCCCCCGGGCCUGUGCCCCAUGUGUUUGGAUGUGGAGCACGCGGAGAACCCCACCUCCCACAUGGACAUCAUGAACCUGGUGUCCACGCAGUUCCAUGUGGGUGCUGGGGGGCACAUCGCCCGGAGCUACGCGGCGCGACCCACUCGGGCGCCCAUGGCGCUGCCUUGGAGGCGGCCGCACUCGCACUCGCACUCGCCAUCCUCCUCUUCAUUUUCUGCCGGCGCUGGCGGCGGCCUCGUUAGCUGGCGCCCGCAGCAGCAGACGUGCUUGGACAAACUGGUCGCUUCGGUGGUGUCUAGGCUGCCAGACAUGUUUGAGGGCGAUUUGAGGAUAACGUACGGCACAAUGGUACGGGACAUGGUACAGCACGAGUUUGCGCUGGCGGAGCGGGCGGGCAAGGCACGCGGCGGCGCGGGGGGUUCAGACGACGGUGGCGGCUUUGGCGGCGGUGGAGGGGGGGGCCUGGCGGCGGAGCGGUCGCGGCGGCCUCUGCGGGGUAAUGGCGGCUGGGCUACGGCACUUCGUUUCAACAGCGACGAGGAGGAGACGGAGGACGAGGAGGACGAGAUGGACGAUAUGGAGCUUGAUCAAGAUGACAUGGAGGUUGACCAAGGCCGUCGGCAACGCGCGGCCAAGAAAUUUUCUAAGCGAUUUAACAGUGCACAGCUACAUGGGGAUGAACCCAAGGGUAACCCGAAUGGUGACACCAAGGGUGACUGGAUGAGCACUGCGCAAGCUCGGGAUAUCCUCCGACAAGUCAGCGAGCUAUGCUGCGGAAAUAAGAUCAGUGUCGAUAAUGCUUUUGACCUACAAGGAAUUGAUGCUCUACGGGCGUUGGUGUUCAGUGACGGCGCGAAGGACAGCGCCCUCUCAAGUGAGGGGCAUUUCCAGAAUGCUGGAAUCGGCUUGGAAGCUGGCACGAAAAUCUACAGCAAGCGUGUGGAUGCAGUGUACAAUCUCGCUAACUCUAUCAACUACGGUCAAGCCUUCCGCAAAGCCGACG